GCCCGCGCCUUCAAUCUUCAGGUUCAGAGAGCCAGUGGAAGCUGCUCAGCUCAGCUCAGCUCAGGUAGCUAGUACUAUCUCGCAGCAGCAUCUAGGCACUGCUAUAUAUGACCUUAUCCUCUCUCUAGCCCACCUCUCUCGCUCGCUCCCUCGCUAUCUCCUCUCCUCCUCCUCUUCACUACCUCGCAGCAGCUCCGCAAUGCCAAGAGCACGGUAGCAGCUCCGGCCGUGCCUUCUGAUUCCCAUUCCGUCGUGAAUUCCGGAUAGAAUUUGCCAGCGAGCGAGCCAUCGAGGUCUGCGGGAGCAGCGGCGGCGGCGGCAAAAGCUAGCGUUGCGAGGGCCGGCCGUGCGGCAUGGCUCCCAAGGCGGGGAAGGCCAAGCCCAAGGCCAAGGGCGACAAGAAGAAGAAGGAAGAGAAAGUUCUGCCGACGGUGCUGGACGUGACCGUGGAGGCGCCGGACUACACCCACCUCACGCUCAAGGGCAUAUCGACGGACAGGAUCCUCGACGUCCGGAAGCUCCUGGCCGUCCACGUGGACACCUGCCACGUCACCAGCUUCUCCCUCUCCCACGAGGUCCGUGGGGCCCAGCUCAAGGACACGGUGGAGGUCGCCGCCCUGAAGCCCUGCCACCUCAGCAUCGUCGAAGAGGAGUACACGGAGGAGCUCGCCGUCGCGCACGUCCGCCGGCUGCUCGACGUCGUCGCCUGCACCACUGCGUUCGGGGUCAAGAAGCCCGAGCAGAAGCCCACGCCCACGCCCGCCACAGAUGCGCCCGCCGAGGCCGCCAAUAAGCCCGGGUCGCCCGGCGCCGUGGUCGCCGGCGGCGGCGAGGAGCCAAUGUACCCGCCGCCCAAGCUGGGGGAGUUCUACGACUUCUUCUCCUUCUCCCACCUCUCGCCGCCGAUCCAGUACAUUAGAAAGUCGAUGCGCCCGUUCGUCGAUGACAAGAGAGAGGAGGACUUCUUCCAGAUCGAUGUGAGGGUUUGUAACGGGAAGCCAGUGACGAUCGUGGCGUCCCGAGCUGGAUUCUAUCCGUCGGGGAAGCGAGCACUCAUUAACCACUCCCUUGUUGGGUUGUUGCAGCAGACGAACCGUGGAUUUGAGGCAGCUUACAAGGCUCUUAUGAAGGCUUUUGUUGAGCACAACAAGUUUGGAAAUCUUCCUUACGGAUUCCGGUCAAACACUUGGGUUGUUCCUCCUGUUGUUGCGGACUCGCCAUCAGUGUUCCCACCCCUUCCAACAGAAGAUGAAACUUGGGGUGGCAAUGGUGGUGGCCUGGGAAGAGACGGGAAACAUGACCAUAGACCGUGGGUGAAAGAAUUUGCCAUCCUUGCUGCAAUGCCUUGUAAAACAGCUGAGGAGAGGCAAGUCCGAGACAGGAAGGCUUUCCUACUCCAUAGCUUGUUUGUAGAUGUUGGUGUCCUUAAAGCUAUUGCAGCCAUCCAGAAUUUGAUCCCCGAUGAUAAGAGUUCACAUGAAAAAACAAAUGGCACAGCAACUUCAGUUCCGCACACACAACAAAUUGGGGAUAUGAAAAUAACGGUAACAAAAGACAAAGCAGAUGCAAGUUCUAAGUCAGAUGUUAAGUUAGAUGGAAGUCAGGCUCCAGGAGUAUCAUUUGAUGAUCUUGCUAAGAGGAACUUGCUGAAGGGAAUCACUGCUGAUGAGAGUGCAACAGUACAUGAUACUGCUACUCUUGGUGUGGUUGUUGUGAAGCAUUGUGGGUAUACAGCUGUUGUCCAAGUUCCACUGGAUGCUCAACUGACAACCGUUGUUCCAGCACAGCAGGACAUUCACAUUGAAGAUCAGCCGGAGGGAGGUAGCAAUGCUCUCAAUGUCAACAGCUUAAGGAUGCUUCUUCAGAAGUCAUGUGCUCAGUCACCUGGAGCAGUUCAGCGGUUGCAGAGUUCUGAUCCUGAAGAGAACGAGGCUACCACAAAUUUUGUUCGGAAAAUAAUUACAGAUAGCAUGCAGAAUCUUGAAGGUGAGGCUCCAAGAGAAACAAGACCAAUCAGAUGGGAGCUUGGUGCUUGCUGGGUACAGCAUCUACAGAAUCAAACUUCUGAGAAGGCCGAUGGUAAGAAAGGUGAUGAGACUAAGGAUGUUCCUACAGUAAAAGGCCUGGGAAAACAAUUUGGUCAGCUUAAGGAGAUCAAGAAGAAGUCAGAUGACAAGAGUGGAAAGAAUGCAUCCACAAAAGAUAGUACUUCGUUAAAUACAAAUGAUGCACAUUCAGACACCACUGCGAGUACAAAGGAGGAUAAAGAGGCUAUUCUGCAGAAAGCGCUAACAGAAGCUGCUUUCCAAAGACUAAAAGAAUCUGAGACUGGACUUCAUGCUAAGUCCCCCGAUGAAUUGAUUGAGAUGGCAUACAAAUAUUAUGAUGAUACUGCCCUGCCAAAAUUGGUAGCAGACUUUGGCUCACUUGAGCUUUCCCCUGUUGAUGGAAGGACAUUGACAGAUUUCAUGCACACCAGAGGCCUCCAGAUGCGCUCACUGGGACAAGUGGUUGAGCUUUCUGAUAAGCUCCCGCACAUACAGUCACUGUGUAUACACGAGAUGGUAGUUCGAGCAUUUAAGCACAUAGUUCGUGCAGUUAUUGCAUCUGUCGAUGAUAUAAAUGACAUGGCUCAAUCAGUUGCAUCAUGUUUAAAUAUAUUGCUGGGACCAUUUCCAGAAGAAAAUAAUGAUGGCAAGUGCGGAGAGGAUCAUAAUCUCAGGCAGAAGUGGUUGGAGGUCUUUUUGAUGAAGAGAUUUGACUUGGCAUGGAAAGACGAAUAUAGCCUUGAUCUAAGAAAGUAUGCCAUUCUUCGUGGCCUCUGCCAUAAGGUAGGACUUGAGCUAGUUACCAAAGACUACGACAUGGAUACACCACAUGCAUUCAGAAAGUCUGAUAUCAUCAGUAUUGUUCCCAUCUACAAGCAUGUUGCAUGCUCAUCAGCAGAUGGUCGCACCCUGUUGGAGUCAUCCAAGACUUUCCUGGACAAAGGAAAACUUGAGGAUGCUGUUAACUACGGCACAAAGGCUCUUGCAAAACUGGUUGCUGUUUGUGGUCCGUAUCAUAGAAUGACCGCAGGAGCAUACAGCCUCUUGGCAGUAGUGCUUUAUCAUACUGGGGACUUCAACCAGGCAACUAUCUAUCAACAGAAGGCUUUAGAUAUUAACGAGAGGGAACUUGGACUUGAUCACCCAGAUACUAUGAAAAGCUAUGGAGAUCUUGCUGUUUUCUACUAUCGCCUGCAACAUACAGAAUUGGCACUAAAGUAUGUCAACCGUGCCCUAUAUCUUUUGCACCUGACAUGUGGCCCAUCUCACCCUAAUACUGCUGCAACUUACAUCAAUGUUGCUAUGAUGGAAGAAGGGUUGGGUAACGUCCAUGUAGCACUCCGUUACCUGCAUGAGGCGCUAAAAUGUAACCAACGGCUGCUUGGUGUUGAUCACAUACAGACGGCUGCUAGUUAUCAUGCUAUUGCUAUUGCUUUGUCUUUAAUGGAAGCAUACUCGUUGAGUGUCCAACAUGAAAAAACCACUCUACGAAUACUUCAAUCAAAGCUCGGAUCAGAAGAUCUUCGAACACAGGAUGCUGCUGCCUGGCUGGAAUACUUCGAGUCCAAGGCACUAGAGCAGCAGGAAGCAGCACGCAAUGGUACUCCAAAGCCUGAUGCUUCAAUAGCAAGCAGAGGCCAUCUGAGUGUAUCAGAUCUUCUCGAUUAUAUCAAUCCAGAUGACGAGCUCAAGGCUAAGGAAAUGUUAAAGAAACAAGCCCGUGCUAAGAUAAAAGGUCGUACCGGGCAAAACCCAUCUGAAAUAGCAGAUGAUGAAGAUCAAAGGAGCCCUCCACCUAACAGUGAGCGUUCAUCAACUGAGAAGGAAAACUCUGAAGUCAAAGAGAAAUUAACUGAGAAGAAAAGCUCUGAAAUCAAAGAGAAUGGAACCGUUCUGGAGCAUGUGAAAGUGAAAUUGGAAGAGGAAAAACCAAGUAACACUGUGGUCCACAUGCCUCAAGAUGAUUAUACUGAAGAGAACAGAUCUGAGGAGGGGUGGCAAGAGGCUGUUCCAAAGGGACGUACCAUGGGGAACCGCAAAACUGGUGCAAGUGUGAGGAGGCCAAACCUGUCAAAGAUCAGUACAAAUGCCAGCAAUAAUAGUGAGAAUGGAAGAUACAAAGGCAGAGUUCCAUCCAACUCUUCCCCUCGAGUUUCACCUAAUGAGACUGCAGCUUCUGUUGCUUCCAGCCCUCUUGCAAAGAAAUUGGCAAAGAGUUCGAGCUUCAAUUCCAAAGCAGGUAAUCCGGCUAUCUCAUCAAACAGUGGGGAGAAUUCACCCAAACCCAAAUCCAUGGCAGCAAGCUUAGCCACCACCCCUGCAGCUGCCAAGGUGAUGCCAUCUGCAGCACCAAUUGUCAGUCAAACAGUAAGGAAGUCACUGUCAUACAAGGAAGUGGCAAUAGCUGCACCAGGAACUCUUGCCAAAGCAUUGAAUGAUGUAACAGAGGAAAAGGAUGCAACUGCUCCAGGUGUAAAUCUUGGAAGUGCCAAGGCUCCCAAAGAAAGCAAUGUUCGCCCUUCUGAGGAGAAAGACGGAGCAAUACAAGUGUCACCAAAGGAUAACAAUUUGCAAGUAUCAAAAGCAACAGAUGAGCACAAAUCUCCCAGUUCUGAUACUGAACAAGCCAAUGGUUCGGUAGGAUCAAAUCAAGCUGAGAAGGCCUCAGAUUCAGCAGAGACAUCUACAGACAAGAACCAAUCACCAGCAGCACUAGCGGACGUCCCAAAUGAAGAAGCAGCAACUUUGACUGAGGCGAAUGAUUCUUCAUCCAAUGAUGAUGAAACAGGUCCAGGAGAGGAUAAUCAAGAACAGCUGUCUAGUGGGGCCGAAAAUGAGAAAUCUUCACCAUCUGGAAGUGAAAAGAAUGAUUCACCAGUAGAAGGUGCCAAAGAGACGGCCAGUAAACUCAAUGCUGCUGCUGCUCCAUUCAGUCCAGCCACUGUGCCAGCUUUUGGUUCAAUGGCCGUACCAGGUUUCAGAGAACAUGGAGGACUCCUGCCAUCACCAGCCAAUGUACCCCCAAUGCUGGCCAUCCCUCUCCGUAAGCACCCUCACCAAUCUGCGACUGCAAGGGUUCCUUAUGGUCCACGUCUAGCCGGAGGGUUCAACAGAUCAGGGCACCGGGUGCCUCGUAACAAGCCUGUGUUGCCAAGCGGAGAAGUUCUUCCAGAGGCAGCCACAUCCCCUAAAGUGAUGAACCCUCAUGCGGCGGAGUUUGUGCCGGGUCAAUCUCGGAGUCCUGAUGGCCAUCCAGGAUCUCCUACUGAACCUCUAGCAUCGCCAGCUGGUAUUCAAGCAUCACUGGAUGGGCUUCCAUCAUCUCCAGAUAGUAUAGUUGAAUCACCCAAGACUGUAUCCCCGCAAGUUUCAGAAACUAGUGAGACUAGUCCCGAAGGAAACGAUACAUCUAGUGGAGUUGAUGUUGAAGCUGGGACUGAGAGCAACAACACGGAGGAGAAGAACAACCAUGUGGAAUGUGAGGACAGUGAAGUGAAACCUGAUCAAGCCAUAGUUUCUGAAGGUGCUGAAGUUGACGCAACAGCCCCGAAAGAUGCUCGAGAUGACGCUUCAACCCCAAAGGAUGCUCAAGAUGAUUCAAGCUUGACUGAAAAGCCGAAGUCCUGGGCUGAUUACAGCGACGGGGAAGUCGAGGCCGUUCAGGUUGCGAGCUAAGAAAAGAUGGUCUUCUCAGCCUCUCAGGUAGUUACAGGAAAUUUUAUUCUUACACAGAUGAGCCUUUCUUAUGGACAAUAAAAGCAUGCUAAUGGAAACCAACAUGCUGCUGUUUUUUUGCUGAAAGGAGGAGAUGCUGGUUUUCUGGGUAGAGAAUUAGUUGCUUUCUGAUCUAUUUCAUGGUUUCUAGUACCUACUUGUUUCUGCUGCCCUGCAGUGGUGCUACGGUAUUGCAAGGGCUUGCAUUGCCAUGGAACUUUGAACAUCUUCAGAAUGUCCAACUGUCAUCAUGGUGGCCUUGUUUCAGUUUGCUUUGUCAUUGCAAAGGAGCUUGGGAAGAUCAGAGAGGUGGUAAACACGUUUUGCUUGGCAUUUUUAUUUCCUUUAUCCAUAAACUGGACACACUGCCGACUUGACAUCUCUGUAGUUAUUUCUUCUGAAUUUUGAUAAAUUAGACUGCUGUAAAGAAAAUCGACACUUCCCUGAGCAGGAAGUUUGUAUCAAGUGUCCCUGUAAUCAGGCCGUUGCUUUUUGGACAAUUUUGCUUGUACAAGAAUCCAUGAGACACUGAUCCAUUUUGUGAUUAUCACUUGAUUUGAUUUGAUUUGAAGAUUAAUAGAUCUGUUUUAUUUUUGUA